GCUUAAUAGUAGCUUUAAACCGGUCUGUACGCCAAAGAAAACAAAAAAAAAGGAAAGCUAUAAUAAUAUAAAUCUUUAUUUCAUCUCUUUAAUUAAAGCUUUUAUUACUUAAAAAUAGUAAAUAUAUUUAUUUCCGAAUUCGUUUCAAUAUUUCAACUAAUUUAAGCCCGCUUCAUGUUAUUAUCACACUAGAUGCGAUGUGCUAAGCUCCAGUAAACUUAUGAGUUUUAAUAACUUACAAAUCUGGAUAUAGUCAGUUCAACUGAAAAUUUUUAUUGCUUCUCAAGCGUGCAUAAAUAUGCUGUUACGUAUGGUUUAAGAAAGUUAAUAUGACCUCCUAUAUUCCGGUUUAGAAAGAAAAAAAAAUUUGAAGAGAAUUAGCAUUGCUUGCGAAUUACGAAAUCAAAAUGAUUUUCUCUUUUUUUAUGUGAUGCAGUGCAUGCGGUGUUAAACCGCAUUAGUAUAAAUCGGGGUGUAUAUAUAAUUAUUUGAUUUAAAGCAAAAUAAUUUUUCAUUUGGUAGUAACUAAUAUAAGCUCUGGUAAGUUUCAAAAAUUGUCAAUUACGCUGCAAACUUACAUUGCCAUGAAGGUUAUUAUUUUAUUUGUUUUUAUAAUUACUGCAAUCAAUGCUAGACCACAAGAAUCUACCGGCCAGACCACAGUUACGUCAACGACUGCAACACCGACAACGGACUCACCACGUUUUCUAACCUGUUGGCAAUCAUGUCCAUCAACUAUGCAAUAUAACCCCGUUUGUGGGACAGAUGGUGUCAAUUAUCAUAAUUCCGGGCGUUUAGAUUGCGCUAGACGCUGUGGCAAAGAUGUUACAGCAAGACGAUUUGGAAUAUGCGGCGCAGACUAACUUUAAAGGAAACUUUUUUUCUUUCCUUGAUAAAAUCAUAAAUACUACAAAUAUAGAACAAUUUGGAACAAAUGAAUUAAAUGAAUUAAAACUAAAUUUGGCAACAUGCUGAUUACAAAAAAAAAAAAAAAAAAAAAAUGUUCAUUGUUUGGAAAUUUGAAAAGAUUAGGAAGAAAGACAAGUCAUAAGUCAAGUUCAUAUUGUAUGAUGGGUUUUAAAUUGAUAGGUGGUACAUGAUUUUGCGUGAUCGAAAUUUGGCUUUCCCCUGGUAAUGAGAUAUUUCUCAACGGAACCCUUUUGAAAGCAAAAACUUUUAUCGGUCUUCUAAAGCGACCGUAGUAAGUAAGCGAAGAGAUGGUUUAUCAAAUGCAAUACCGUCUGCUGCUAAAGCAUUGUAGCCGUAUGGUCGAUUUUGGAAUCUAUUAAAUUUGUUAAACAUAUUUAUCGGCUACACACACGCAAAUAUCGCCAAUAAAUCUCAUAAAGGGCGAACAGUGCAUUCAAAAAAUAUAAAAUUUAUUCUUUUUUAAAUGACUUCGUCCAAUUGAAAAAUUCAUUUUAAGGAAACUUGUUUCUGUUUCAUCUUUUUUUUUUUAAAUUUUCUAAAAGGUUACAUUAGAUCUAUCUAACACUUGUGAUAUUUGAAAACAUGAAGUAUAUAUAUGUACAAUACAUAUAUAUAUUCUUAACUAAAGUAAAUAAGCAUAUCUGUCUGCCACCAUUAUUAUGUUUUCAAGAUUUUUGCAGAAAACUCAGCAUACUAUACUACAAAAUAAUAUUUUAGUUGUGAUAAUAUAAUAGCUAAGAUCUACCUAAGCUUAUAAUGAUCAAUUGUGUGAGUAAAUGAAUUUUGAAUUGCAUUUAUUGUAAAUAAUUAAUUUUCUGACAUCAUCUAAAUAUGUACGUAGAUAUGUAUAUACAUACACACACACACACACACAUAUAUA